GGACAUAGCUGUCCAGCUCCUGGGAAUGUCUGCGCAGGACGCCGAGCAGGUCAACAUCGUGCCCGGCCGCGCCAGGCGAGACCAUGAUUUGCGAUGUUAUGCUGCCACUCCAGUGCUGAUGAAGACACUUUUCGAUGUAACGGUACAGGAGCUCCUGCAACAGAGAGUGUCGCAGCCAGUGUUCCGGACUUUUUGCGAUCUAUUGAUUACCGUUGAUGCCUACAUGUUCCCGUCAUCGCACAAGUACCGCAGGCACGACCCCGACGUUGAGCCGUUGUGGGGCGCCCUGAAUUGCUGCAAGAGUUUGUUGUGGAUUCGGAAGGCAAGCUGUUGCAAACAAGCUCGCGCCGUUCUACAGACCAUGCCGCCGCACUACCGAGAUGCACUUGGCAAUCCAGCGCGGCUCGUGCAGGCGGGAGGCACGUCGUUUCUUCAAUGCGCUCUCAGGUCUCUCGUGAACUUGCAAUGGCACGCCCUCGCUCCUGACGUGACGCCGGGGUCAGAAUCCGCUGUUUACGCAUGGGUUGGCAGGGGCUUCCUGUACAUUGGACUUGCUUCGCACACGCGUGCACGAGCUCAAAGUUGUCAUGGAGGAGUUCUGCACCGUUGGCUGGAACACGGAACCGGGCGUGCUCGUCGCCAUCUGCCAGAAUCAGGAAGGCUGCGUUAUCGUCUGGCCCGGCGGGCCAAUGCAUUUCAUCAGACGUUUCUCUGCCUCCGCGAGGGUCCAAGCGCACAGAUGCGAGUUAUUGAAACCGCUUGCAUCCACGCACUCCCGUGCAACGCAAAUGGGGGACGUCUUUUUCUGCUGAAGCGGAUUCAUUCUGUCAGGGGAGGGCCGCCCCGCCGAAGACCCCCGCCAGGAGCGCGCGCCAAGAACGGGGACCCCUUCUCGACUGGCAUCUUCGACAGUGGCCUGCCCCUUCCACCUGCGCCACGCGACCAUGAUGACCGGAGUGGGCCUCCACGUUCGGCACGCGAUUGCGGGCAGUGGCAGCAUGAGUAGUGGUGGCAGGAAUCUUUUGCCCACAUUUAUGUCGCAUGGCAGAAGGUUGUGAUGCAAUCGCCAGGGCCAGUGGAUAUAUACUCUAUUGCUUGCUGGCCCCUCUUCGUUCUCUUCCUCGGGACGCUCCGCGCGAUGAUUGAUUGGGAGAGGCUGGAGUUGUCUUGGGGCGUGCAGAGUGGACCAGUGGCAGCAGCUAGUGUCAUUGACUUGGUCACCGGCCCGCUCCGCAGGCAGCGUGCCCUGAGGCGCGUCGACGCGGCCCUCCGGUACCGCGGCCUCCCACCAGUCGGCGGCAGCACCAUCAAAGUGCCAUAUCGUUGUUUAGCGCCUUCAGUUCGCAAGUGCAUUCGUGACGCGGUAUGUCAUUGCAGACGCUCGCCGAGUGAAUCGGCGUGGAUGUCCGGGCACCUCCGCGUCGUUGCAGGCCGUCGUCCCAUGCACCUCGACUACGUGGACGCUUCUCGUGCCUCCAAGCUUGCUAGCAAAACAGAUUUCGACUGCAUGUCUGACAGGCGGGCCGUUCAGGCGAUCAGCGGCAUCGGCAUGCGUCGAAUCAGCGCACGCUGGGAUGUGCCAGUCCGUCUCCCGUUACAUGUUCUUGCUGCUGAUGCCCGUCGCCUAGCGCUCCGCCAUGUCCGACGAUGGCGCGGGCGAGUUUGCGCCGGCCAUGCCGCGCAUGCAUGGCCUGCCGGCCGUUUCGCGGACGACCGUGCCGGCAGAUCUUCGAGUGGAGCACGUCAGCCUCGCAGUACAUUGCCCACACCCGCGAGCAGCAGGAUACACCGAGAGACACGCACAUUUGCUUAGAUGACAAAGACAAGAAAGUUGCAUGGUUAGUUCCGCGCAGAUGCUUUGUGGCUAAUCUGUUCCAUUAUGUGGAAAACAGCAGAUCCUGGAAAAUCACAUACAUCAGCAAGGCUGCGGCGAACAAGAUGUUACAAAUGACUUUGGCCGAACUGGUCCCACAUCGACUCCAUGCAUUCCUGGGGAUCAGUGCGGAUACCCCGAGGCUGCCCGCACAUGUACAACACAAUUAAAGAAAAAUGCUUUGAUGGCAUGCCGCCGAGGGUCCAUUCGUGCGCGAGGGCCGCCCACAGCUGUUGCCGCAAGAUCGUGAGCUUCGCCUCGUGGCCGAAAAGGCGGAACUGGCAGCUCCUGUCGCGGUCGUACGAGACCUUGCUGAAGCGAUUCUCCCCUGGCUUUGAAGUAUGGCGACUGCGGGAUGCGGCGCCGACUCUGCGAGAUGGCAUCGCCAAGCUGAGAGCCCAUCCAAAUGGGUCCGGCUGCACAUGUUUCAGGCGCGGCUCGCGGAAGCUGCCGGUCGAGGGAGUUGUGGCUGACGCCGGACAGUUUUUCGAGAGUGUCCGCGCAUCUGAUGCUGAUGCUGCUGCCGCUUUGUUUCGCCGCGCCGCUCACUCAGGGGCCCCAGACCGGGUCACGGUGUCCCGCAGCAUGCGUCGUCGUGCAUUUCUCGGAGGGAGGCUUGAUAAUCCUCGCCACGACCUGAAGACUUUCGCUUUCAUGGAGCUCGCCCUGUGCCUGGCGGCGUUCGCGCGGAUGACCUUUGUCAGCGUCGGAGACGUUGUCGCGGAGUUCACCGGUGUACCCAUCGGUGGAUUCAUGCGCAAGGUGCGUUGUUCACUGAUAUUGUGCCGCUGGGAAACCGAGUGGGACGAGGACGACGCGCACCUCCAGGCACAGUGCUUCGUGCCUCCGGGGUGGCGCUGGUCGGAUGCUGCGGCGUGUUCGCGGUACGUUGACGAUAUGAUCAUGUUGUCCCGCGUCUUGUGCCGCACAUGCUUGGAGGACGCCCUCAAGUGCAUGCACGAUGUGCCAUUCGAACUUUCGCCGCGCAGCCGGCGGCUAAAGUGGCUGGACUUGACAGUGGACCUUGACUCGUUGAUGAUCGACUUGUUCCCAAAGGCAUUCUCCACGGCACCGGCGUGGGCCUCCAGCCCGAGUGCCCUCCGAGCGCACGUGCUGUCCCGAGUGGCCCGAUGGAGGGAGGUAGGCAUGUGCCUAGAUCAGGUGAUCCACCAUUCUGCGCGAUUGGUCGCGGAUUUGAAGGCGCGCGGAUGGGCACCGCAUCACUUCAGACACGUGUGGUUUUCAGCGAGAGGGUGCCAGGCAUCCAUGGAGAUGGACGUGGCCAGGCUCUCGCUGCGAGUCGCGGCAGGUCUUCCGCUGCAGUAGCCGCUGCUCCAUGCGAUUUUCAAGGAGGGCGCCAGUUUUGCGUUUCCCGCCCCUUCUUGUCGACCCCCCCCCCCCAUCCCCGC